GGAGAUGGAAAAUUGAUUGUCGGGCGCCCAGGUGGAAUUUUGACUUGCACAGACGAGUUUGUUUGAAGAGCAUCUCUGUCUACUUCUUCUUACUCUGCCACCUCCUGCUCCCUUAGAUUCUUUCUUUCCUUCUCCUAUCCCUCUCUAACGAUCAUCCAUCAUGUCCGACGACGAGCAGCACCAGCACAAUUUCGAGCAGGCUUCUGCUGGGGCCUCCUCCACCUUCCCCAUGCAAUGCUCUGCCCUUCGCAAGAACGGGCACGUCGUCAUCAAGGGCCGCCCCUGCAAGAUCGUCGAGAUGUCAACCUCCAAGACCGGUAAGCACGGUCACGCAAAGGUCCAUCUCGUCGCCAUUGACAUCUUCACGGGUAAAAAACUGGAGGAUAUCUGUCCUUCCACUCACAACAUGGACGUCCCCAAUGUCUUCCGUAACGAGUACCAGCUUGUCAACAUCGAUGACGGUUUCCUCAACCUGAUGACCCAAGACGGCACCGCCAAGGACGACGUCAAGGUCCCCGAGAGCGAACUCGGCAAGCAGAUCGAGGCUGAUUUCGACACCGGAAAGGACUUGCUCGUCACCAUCGUCUCCGCCAUGGGCGAGGAGCAGGCGAUUUCUUACAAGGAAGCUCCCAAGGGCGCCUAGAAACCUUCUCUCCUGGGUCUUUUCCUUGUUUUUUUUGUUUGCCUUGCUCUUCCUCUCAUCCCGGUCGUCUCAGUUCCCCUCCGCUGUUUCUGCUAUUAUGACUCUGUGUAUCCCUUCAUCGCCAGUUCCCACUCUUAUAGCAGUACCUCUACUACCUCGAACAUCCCCCCAUCAUCCUCAACGUGUCAUCCAUCUUUUUCACGUUCCUCCGUAUAUUGUGUACCCUGUAGUACUCAUUUGUAGCUAGUCGUGUUGCAGUCCGGUGUUGUGUUGUUGUUGGCCACAUGAAUUACUAAGAUGAUACGAGGCAUA